AUGGAUCGACUUGUUGUAACUUCUCUUGACAAGUUACCCAAUGUUGAUAACAAACUUAGCAAGUUUGUGAAGGACCCUUCCUCACUGUGGUCAGUCCUCCGGGAUACCGGAGGAGCUAUAUCGGGCGAGUUUGCCCGCAUGUUUCUUUUUGGGCGGGAGUCGCCCAAUGAACUUGAUAUUGUAGUGUCCGACCCUCAAUUGAUUGAGGGUGAAAAGCAAAAGCUGUUCGAAGAGUACCUCGGUGAUUCCGAGGGAUAUACUUUGUUCGUCAAUGAGGGGACUUUGUCACCUCGAACUACUCAGGUUUUGAGAUGUACGAGAAACGAUGGUAUUGUGAUCAAUGUUCAUUGUCACAUUCCCGGUGAGGCCGACGACGUCCGACACGCCGUGCUUGAUGCGGCAUAUUCCACACACAUCGCCUGUGUGAUUGGUUUUGGCGAAGCUUACUGUGUGUUUCCUCCCGCUCUCAGGGAAAAGGACAUAUGGGUCUUAUCGUUGUCAUUGACCACCGCUCAGCGAAGCAAGUUGUAG